AGUCACGCUUUGAUUAGGAGGCCAUCAUGGCGGACAUCGAGAAUUAAUCAAUAUAGCACUACCAUCGGAUAUCAGUGAUACAGUGCAGCCGAUGUACACUCCUGAGGCAGUCCGUGGUCAUCCUAAACAUAGCCAGUCUUCAUCAGUCUUGGAAGGAACAGAUCAACUUCAUCCCGAGUUUAAGCUGAUGCAGCAUGGGGUGAAGAUUGGGAUUGUAUAAAGAUUGAGACGACAGCGCAAUAUGAAACCAUUCACGGAAAAGUAAACAACUGAGAAAAAUGUCGCCUCCCAGUGCACCUUCGGGGAUUCCUGGGACGAAAAUGGAGCUAGUCACGAGGCCAGUUGUUGGUGCGGGUUCGAGACCCCCUCAGUCAGAAACAUUAGAGUCACCAUACAACUCUGGGGGUCGUUGUGCCCAUUUCUAUCAGGAAUCAUGUCUUCUCCUUCUGGCCUUGUUUUUAUUAUUCAUCGGUUUGUCCUUGACAGUCGUGGCCGCCUACUUUAAUGUCUGGGACCUCUAUAUUCUAGGACCACCGAUGUUGAUCAUAGGAUUCGUCAUGUUUCUUGUCGGGACAGUAUAUGUGGUCAAAAAGAUUAAAUUACGAGCUAGAGUUGCAGCAGCAAAUCGUCAAGAGGAAGAGGCAAAACAGUUCACCAGUUUUCAUCCACUGCCUCGAGCGCCGAAACAACCAAAUAUGCCCAGUAUGCCAAACGGACACGUAGCGGAGCGGAAACCGACGGAGUCUGAUUUGUAUGGGAAUAACAACACUGAGAAACUGCCUAUCGAUAUGGACAUCCAGAAAGUGAUAGUGGAAGACCUAGCUCAUUAUGUAGCCCCCGUGGGCAGUAAGCCAGAGGACAGUGUACCAAGGGUGUGCUUUCCGAAAAGUCCGACCGAUGGAACAAUCGAUACGAGAGACUCCAUUUACACGACGCCGUUAGCCCGGCUGCAUGAAUCGCCGGAAAAGACAUUAACGGACCCUACCUCAGAUAUUGUGCCAAGUUUAGAAAGUAGAGACUCUACAAAAGUUAGUUUUGCUUCCGAACCUGUUGUGAUAGCUGCACCAUCCCCUGAGGAACAUGGACUGGUUGUCCCAGACGCAGUUAGCUACACACCCAUCUCAUUAACUAAGGUAGAAAUAGAGGACUAUGCGAAAUAUGGAGGUUCUGCAAUAACCUAGUAGCCAUCCUACAGAUUCUUUGUAUUUACCACUCAUAAUUUUAGAUAUCUUUAUUUUUUUAAGAGGUUAUUGCCUCCUUUUUUGUACAUGUGUGUUUAUCGAAUCAGAUCGUUUUACACAGUACGAACUGAUACAAAUGGACAAAUUGUGAUUUUGACAAUAGUACGGGUGAAGAGGAUCCUUCUAUGAAGAUUUGUCCGUUCUGGGGGCAUAAUCAGUAAGUAUGCGCGCUGGUCGCGUAAGCAAUAUAUCACUUCACACACGAGUUGAAGACCUCAAUUAAGGAACUACACUACACUAUGACGACGAGGAUAAUACGUGCGUCUUAAAUUAAGUUAAUCUGUUUUAUUUUGUACAUUACACUUAUCACUGUCCAUUCUUGUGAAGACUAUUAGAAUUGUUGUGAUUGAUCAUCAUGUCCUAUCUACGUAUCUGUGCCAUGUAACGCGCUUGGCACAUGGAGUUGGCUUCAAGCGAAAGACUGUGAGUGCGUGGCUGUCCGCAUCUAGCAUAAGGGACAACCGGACACGGAUAUUACUCUUUGAUGUGUCAACAUGAUCAUGUGAUUUCGUCAUCUGUCCUGACGAUCACAUCCAAGGCACCUUGGUUGUGAAUGUUUACAAAGUCAUUUGCUUUUUUGUUGGUUGACUAUCGGACAAGUGCGACCAAAAUAAAGGUACAGUAAUUAGUAGUAAGUUCGACGUCACAUCCAGUAAACCCUAACUGGAAAGAUUAGAAGCUAUAAGUCCAAGCCUGGGGUCACAACACGCGACACAGCGAUAUAAUAGAUCUAUAUAACGAAAGGUGUGUUCACUUCAAGUCCAAUGUGUAAAUGUUUACUUGCUCCAUUAGACAAAUAGUUCGAACCGAAGCCCCAUGUAACAGUGUGUUAGGUUUGCGAUAGCAGUACUAUAUUCAGACUUCACACAAAAAAAACGUGUCUGACCAAACAACUGUCAUCAUGGAUCUCUUCCUCAAUAAAGGUAUAGUUAAGUUUA